AUGACCUUUUACUUUAUUGACUGGUUUUGGCGUGCUAUAGUCACGCAAUGCCAGAGAGCUGUGACGCUCUUUUGGCGACUGCUGGACAGCCCUAGCCAGACGACAGUGGCUCAAUCUGCCCCGAGUCCGCAUAUAUGCCCCCGAGUAUUGACAUACCGCCGAAGACAAGGACCUUGGCGCCGUCACCUGUUACCGACCUUGCCUGAACACGCCUUUGUUAUCCCAGAUACGGUACCUCACGGAGACAUCUACUUCUAUAAUAAGGGGGAAUAUGUUGGUACUGGAGCGACAUCAUUUGUGGAUAGACUGGAAUCUGGCGACAUCAUAAAAUACCCAAAACCAAAUCCAUACUGCCCUGAGAAGGAGAAUGCAUACCGCCAACAGAUGGAGACAGAAGCUAAAGCUUAUCAACGCAUUGGUAAUAAUGCGCGUGUUCCAAGACUGAUACACUGGGAUGCUAGCGCAUGCUCUCUGGUCCUAGAAUAUCUUGCAAAUGGGGAUCUACGAUCAUAUCUCGAGCGCUACAACCAGACGGUAACGAGCGACCAGAGACAGCUGUGGAUGAGACACGCCGCAGAGGCGCUGGCCGCGGUACAUUCGGCGGACAUCAUACACUGUGAUGUUACCCCCCGCAAUUUCAUGCUUAACGAGGCUCUGGAGCUACAUAUCGCAGAUUUCGCAGGAUCUUCAGUCGCUGGCUCCCGCCCAGCAAACACGACAAGCGCUAGGUUCCAGCGACCGGGAUGGAGCUGGGACCCGACGUAUGCCGACGACCUAUUUGCACUUGGCUCUGUAUUUUACUUCAUCCAGACUGGACAUGAACCGUAUCAUGAUAUUACCGAAAAAGAGGUUCAUGAUCGCUUUAAGUCGGCAGCUUUCCCUGAGGUGUCUAUGCUACAGUAUGGCAAUAUUAUUCACUGGUGCUGGACUGGUCACUGGGAUAAUGCGCAACAAAUUGUCAAUGCUUUAGCUAUAGCCAAAUGA